AUGACAGGCGCGAACCUUUCCCCGACUCUCCGAUCACCAGAGGCGUCUCUGUUUCACCUGAGAUAUCGCUCAUUGAUCAAACAGAAAGUACCCAGUUCACUCUUCUACCCCAAGCUACAGUUUAAAACUCGGUUCAGGGUGACUGCCCGGAAAUGGUCGUCGCCGAUGGAAGGCUUAAGCCAAGAGAUGAACACCAUUGCUUCCCAGAACCUAGAUCACGCUCCUGCAAGGAGACGAGUUCGAUCGGCAUUCAUCGACGUGCAUAAACAACUUGACCACUGCUUGUUCAAGAUGGAUCAUGCUGGCGUCAGAACAGAGGAGUGGUAUGGAAGGAAUUCAAGGGGUAUGGAAAUUUUCUGUAAAAGCUGGUUGCCAAAAUCAGGUGAUCAAAUCAAAGCUGCUUUAUGUUUUUGCCAUGGCUACGGAAGUACUUGCACAUUCUUCUUUGAAGGUAUUGCUAGGAGAAUUGCUCAAUCUGGGUAUGCUGUAUAUGCAGUAGACUAUCCAGGAUUUGGCCUUUCUGAAGGGUUGCAUGGUUACAUCUCAGACUUUGAUGAGUUGGUGAAUGAUGUUAUUGAACAAUUUACUAGUAUCAAAGGGAGAUCUGAAGUGAAAGAUUUGCCCUUUUUUGUAAUGGGGGAGUCGAUGGGUGGUGCUGUGGCACUAAAGAUUCAUCUCAAGGAACCACAGAAAUGGGACGGAGUGAUCCUUGUAGCUCCAAUGUGUAAAAUUGCAGAUGAUGUAAUGCCUCCAGCUAUAGUUCUGAAGCUAUUAGCCUUCAUGUCUGAAGUUUUGCCCGAGGCAAAACUCUUUCCACAGAAAGAUAUAGCUCAUCUAAGCUACAGACAGUCCGAAAAGAGGAAAACGGCUGGUUACAAUGUGAUUUCUUACAAGGAUCAAAUGCGAUCAAAAACAGCUGUAGAACUUCUGAAGGCCACUAAAGAUAUUGAAACGCACUUGGAUAAGGUUUCAUCCCCAUUGCUAAUUCUUCAUGGAGAAGCAGAUAAGGUGACAGACCCUGCAGUGAGCCGGUUGCUUUAUGAAAAGGCAUCUAGCAAAGAUAAGACUUUGAAGGUCUAUCAAGAUGGUUAUCACUGCAUUCUUCAAGGGGAGCCUGAUGACACAAUUUUCACAGUCCUUAAUGACAUUGUUACCUGGCUCAAUUCCCGGUGCUUUCCAAACUAAUAUGUACCUUCAUUUCUAGAAUUCUAGUCCUCCUUGUAUUUUGCAGCAGCAUUAUCUCUUGAGCAUUAUGAUACAUUGCCUCUUUUUACUAAUCCUGGUAAAAGAUGAUAAUAUCAAGAAUUACAGCUCAAAAGUUUGGACUUCUGAGGCACCCAUUGUAACUUCUGUACAUUGGCCUUGAAGCUAUAUUAGUUAUUUCCAAAAUCUCACACCAUGGCUGAAAAUGUAGUAAAUUUUCAGAUAAUCUAGAGUUUCAGAAUAUAAACUCCCAAGUCCAGAAUGGUCUCCAACCAGUGGAGUAGCUAUGUCACAAGUAGCUAAUAUAACUCGAUUUCGAAAUUUCAGAGCUACAAAAUACUGUAGGUAUCAGUUACCCCGCCAGUGGCAAAAAUUAGGACUCUAUAAAUAUAGACUGGUAGAAAAAGAAUUUAGGGCAU